AUGACCACCGCACAUAGGCCUACGUGGAAGGCAGCUGUUGGCCGAGCGCAAGAGGGAGGAUGGACCGCAGGUGGAUCCGUGAGCACGAGUAUCUCCGCUCUGGACGUGGCCGCUCACACCAAGCUCAAGACGCGCAGCGGACAACAGUUGAUUGACAAGAAAAAGGCGCUCAAGGAGUCACUGUUGGCGUUGGAAAAAGCAGAAGCAUCUUCCAGCAAGCACAAGAUCGGAAAACGUCCCAUUGUGGAAGCCAUUGAAGCCGAAGGACGGCAAAAAUUAUUGAAACAAACGACGGAAGUAGACGAAGUGGCCUUGAAGAAAAAGUACGAUGACGAGGAUAGAGGAGGGGACGACUCGGACGGAUGGUCGGAUGUAGACAGGGACGCCUCAGACAAGGAUACGGAAUUGGCGAAAAUACGGGCGGAACGAGAAGCUGUCAAAGCCAAGGCAGAAGCGGAAGCAGCCGCAGAGGAGGAAGAACAAAUGGGAGAAGCGGCUAUGAUUGGAAACCCACUUUUGGCAUCGGGGGAAGCAUCGGCAAAAAUGAAACGAAAAUGGAAUGAAGAUGUGGUCUUCCGAAACCAGGCGAAAGGAGAACCAAAGCCCAAAAAGCGGUUCAUCAAUGACACUGUCCGCAAUGAUUUCCACAAGCGUUUCUUGAACAAGUUCAUUCGAUAA